UUCUGGUUUACAAUCCCACAAGUAUUAUUGGGUCCUACCACAGGCAGGUACACUACCAGGGACCAGAAAACAAGGCCCUGAUGGCAUAGGUUUAUUGAUUUAUCCUUUGUUUCACAGGAGAAAAACAAUCAUAUCCUAGUGUUGGGCCUCGAUGGAGCAGGAAAGACCAGUGUUCUCUACUCUCUAGCUUUAAACAGAGUCCAGCACAGCAAGGCACCCACCCAAGGUUUCAAUGAAGUGUGCAUCAGCACUGACCACAGCCAGAUGGAGUUUCUGGAGAUUGGUGGCAGUGAACCUUUCCGUUCCUAUUGGGAAGUGUAUGUGUCCAGGGGAAUGCUGCUGAUCUUUGUGGUGGACUCAGCAGAUCACAGCAGGUUACCUGAAGCCAAGAAAUACCUUCAUCAGCUAAUUAAAAUAAACCCAGUCAUCCCUCUGGUUGUGUUUGCAAACAAACAGGAUCUCAAAGCAGCCUAUCACAUUACAGACAUCCACGAAGCUUUGGCAUUAUCUGACGUGGGAAAUGACAGGACGAUGUUCUUGUUUGGGACCCAAGUGACAGAGAAUGGCUCAGAGAUACCGUCCACCAUGCAAGAUGCCAAAGACCUGAUUGCACACCUGGCUGCACAUACGCAGUGACUAGGCGAGGCCCACAGUGGCUCACAACCUAGAAGUCACCAGAGAGUGUUGCAUGGCAGGCAUGAAGCCAAAGGUUUCCACUUUUAAAUAAAAAAUAACCCAUUUCCUAUUUUCUCAAUGCAUGGCAUAUAUACAAAGAUAAUGUUAAUUGAUUAAAAGCAUCUCUUUAUUUCGAUUUUGAACUUUAAAAGUAUUGGUAGCGCAAUGUAUUUGGGGGAAUUUGGAGUUUUAAGCAACAAAAUUAAAAUUAACAUUAGCAAACAUAUAUCCCAUUUGUAGUUUUUCAAUGACAUGAGAUUUAU